GACGACGUGCAUGUAGUCUCCAAAGCGUUCCGAAGCCCCUGGAUGUGACGACACAUUGCCUUGACGUGCAGGGUACACAUGUCCUUCUUUGGUACUCACACUGCGAGCACCGAAGUUCAACUCCGAUCCUGCAGUUCAUCCUUGGUACGUCUUGAGUACACCAUCGAAAUACCCAGUAGGCUCUUGGGACGAACUUGUCCCGCGUCCUCAUAAGCAGACUGAGGCUUUAUUUGUUAUUGAUCCUUCUCCUCCACGUCUCUUGUCCGCCGGAAUCGAAGCUCGAGCGCAUUGUGUGCGCAGUUCACGGAUCCAACACCUACUUGCUACCUUUCAUCGCUACCAGUCUUGCUUGGCUGCUAUUUGCAGCAACCGCUCGUGAAGAUGCUGCGUUCUAAAGCAAAGCUCUCCAUGAUCAGGCUGGGCAGCCUCGUUCAGGAUGGAUGUUUAUCAAGAUCAACGGCAAGGACUGAGCCCACCGUCGUGCUACAGCAACGCGGGAU